AAAUGAUGGUAAACAACCAUUGGUGGGGGUAGCCGAUGAGUGUACCUGCAACGUUCGGUGGGCAGGGCAGGUUCUAACGUAACCUAAGAUUUAAAACCGUCAAAACAAAGCAAAACCACCCCUAAAAUCGCCACCCCCCAAAGACAAUGACGUGCUAAUCGUACAAGUGUUGUUGUUUAGACGAAAAAAUGUGGCGUUUUUGUGCUUUAUGUGUGUGUUUACUCGCACUGGGUGUGAUCGCCCAGUACGAAUGGCAAGCAAGGGAUGCCUAUGAUGAGGUGCGUCGAGCCAUGGACCGAGUGAAUAAAUACAAUUGUGAGAUUCAACAUGUUGGAGAUUUGUAUCUGCCGGAAACGUCCGUAUCCCACAUUCCCGAUAUUAAGGAUGUCAAUAUUAAUCCCGUUUUUCCCAACCGAACCCAACUGCUCCACAUUCACAAUAUGGCACUGAGUCGUGCCUUCUUCUGGAGUUACAUCCUCCAGAGUCGAUUUAUUCGACCGGCUAUUAACGACACCUACGACCCCGGAAUGAUGUACUAUUUCCUCUCCACCGUGGCCGACGUCUCCACCAAUAACCACGUCAAUGCUAGUGCUAUUUAUUUCGCCCCCAACAUGUCGUACUCAUCGUCAUACCGUGGCUUCUUCAACAAGACGUUCCCUAGGUUUGCACCAAGGACAUUCCGCGCGGAUGAUUUCAACGACCCUAUCCAUUUAGAACGUAUUUCCACUUUGAAUACGUUCACUGUGUAUGAUUUAGGGGCAAUUAAACCCAAUACUAGCGAUGACUAUACUUCAGAUUUUUACCGAAUUAAUGAAUGGUACAAAAAGUGGUUGCCUGAUCGUGUUUUUGAUAGACAUGACACCAAAACGACUUAUCAGAUUUAUAUCAGAUAUGCAAACAAUACGAAUGAAACGUUUACGUUUCAUGGACCACCUGGUGCUGAUGAAAGUCCAGGGCCUGUUCAAUGGACAAAACCGUAUUUUGAUUGCGGGAGAUCUAAUAGAUGGUUGGUGGCGGCUGUUGUGCCAAUUGCCGAUAUUUAUCCAAGGCAUACAGGGUUUAGGCAUAUAGAAUAUCCCACUUACACUGCUGUUUCUGUGGUUGAAAUGGACUACGAACGUAUCGACAUCAACCAAUGUCCACCCGGUCUAGGGAACAAAGAAGGUCUUAACAUGUUUGCAGACACGGCCCGAUGUAAAAAAGAAACAACCGAAUGCGAACCGAUUCACGGUUGGGGCUUCCGGAGAGGUGGUUAUCAGUGUCGUUGCAAACCCGGUUAUCGUCUCCCUAUGCAAGUCCGACGUCCCUUUUUGGGAGAAAUAGUCGAACGUGCAACGGCAGAACAAUACUACAACGGUUUUGACUGUCUUAAAAUCGGAUGGGUUCAAAAAUUACCGGUUCAGUGGGAAAAAGCAAGUUCGUCGGUCCGUAACCACUACCUCGAUAAAUACCGGGAGUAUCGUUAUCCUGUCUCAGGACCUGAGGCUUUACACCAACCCAAAAUCAACAUCCACAAAUCACUCGAUUUCAUUUUGGGCAUGAAUAAGGAUAAUUGCAAGAAUUACAACAAGGACGAUUUAAUUUUAUACGGCGGUGUCGAAUACGGCGCUUAUGAGUUUUUCCAAAACGAAGCCAAAAUGGCCUUACGACUUGCAAAUUUCAUUAGUGCCUUUUUACAAGUCAAUGACCCUACUGAAGUUUAUUCGGGGAAACGAGUCCCUGAUCGACCGCUAACAGAAGACGAAAUGAUUGGCGAAACUUUGGCCCUUGUUAUGGGCAAUAGCCGAAUUUGGUCGGCUGGUACUUAUUGGGAACGAAACAAAUUCACAAACCGCACACUUUUCGCACCAUACGCCUACAAAACGCAACUAAACACGCGAAAAUUCGCAGUUGAGGACUUGGCCCGACUCAACAAAUCUGACGAAGUCUAUUUGAAUAAACCCUGGUUUUUGAAAUUGAAACAACGCUGGUUGACCAACUUUGACAGUCUCGAAAAAUAUUACAUGAAAAUAAAAAUUCGCUUUAACGAAACGGGCGAAACGACAAGAAAGUACGAACGCUAUCCAAACUUCUACAGAGGGGCCCAAUUAAAGCACGGCUUAUGGACCGAACCGUAUUACGAUUGCGAUGGUAAAAAACCCAUGUGGAAGAUUAAAUACGCGGCACCGUUUUUCGGUUGGGACAGUCUAAAAGUCAAACUCGAAUUCAAGGGCGUGGUCACCGUAUCAAUGGAUUUGUUAAAACUUGAUAUAAACCAAUGUCCCGACAGAUAUUACGUUCCAAACGCCUUCAAAAACACACACAAGUGCGAUUUGCGAAACUCAUAUUGUGUUCCGAUUUUGGGCCGUGGAUUCGAAACAGGCGGCUACAAGUGUGAGUGUAAGCAAGGUUACGAAUAUCCGUUUGAAGAUCUCAUCACUUAUUACGACGGCCAAGUGUUGGAAGCCGAAUUUAGUAAUUUAGUUGAUAAUAAUGAGACACGUUUUGACAUGUUCAAGUGUCGCUUAGCUGGCGCUAGCAGUGUUCAAGUUAGUAUCGUUACAGUUUUGUUGCUGAUAUUUGUUAGUUUCGGUUUGUAUGGCAGAAGUUGAAACCAAUGACUUGAAAUCCAAGGCCUUUCAAGUGCCUUAUUGAUGAUAUUUUAUAGUUUUACCGUCCAUUUUCAGUUGUAGUUGUAGGUUUUUGGUACAAAAAAUAUUUUGUAUGUUAUAUUGUGUACUUGUUGUGCACUUAAUCGUACUAUAGGCCGUGUUGCAAUUUGUUGGGCGAUCGUGAGUUGUGUACGUGUACAUAUUUUUGAUAUUCUUUUUAUUCCUAAGUGCACAAUUGAACAAGAAAUUGUUCAAUUAACCGAUUUUUUUAUUACUGUUUUAUUAAUUUCUCCGUCCGUUAUUUUAACAAUCUGAUUACAAUAAUUUAAGUUUAAUAAACGAUUUUACAAGAAAA